CAGGAAAAAAGGGGAAAGAAGAGAAGAAAAAAGUGUAUUUUAAGUCGGAGCUGCUGCCCUGAAGUCAGUUUGAGAAUCCUCUCUCCUUCAGGCAGAAAAAACACUAAAAAGAUGGGAACGACGCAGUUAAAGACGUUAAAACUUCUGCUAUUAUUAACUUUUACAGGGAUAUGCACUGCCCAAAAUGGCAUCACUCUGUCUGUGUUUACGGUGACAUCAAAGAGUAUGACGGUGCAGUGGAGCGGUCAGUCUGGGGCCAGCUCCUACAAGAUCACAGCGACCCCCAAGACCUUCCCCGCUCUUCCGGUGUUCGCCCAGUUCAGUGGCAACACGGUGAUGGGCUCGGUUUCCUCGCUGUCACCAAACACGGUGUACACCAUGCAGCUGGAGGCCAUGGACAACGCUCUCAAUGUCCUCAGCAGUGCAAAGACAGAGGAGACAACAGCUCCUGAUAUCCCGACUAUCCAGCAGGCCUACUCCAAACACAGCGACAGCAUCACUGUUGAGUUCACCACAGCUACCGGAGCAACCAGCUACAUCCUGAGGGCAGAGUCAAAGACGGGGGAUUUCUUUUUAGAGACCAACGUGUCGAGCUCCCCGGGCACCGUGGAGCAGCUCAAGCCCUACACGGACUACAUCCUGAGUGUCAUGUCGGUCAACUCAGGGGGAAGGAGCCAGCCUUCGUACCCCACCGAGGCCAGGACAGUUGUGACUGCACCCCAGUUGAACACAACCUCCCCGAGCAAUGACACCAUCCUUGUGGCCUGGACCCCGGUGCAAAAUGCCGUCCUCUACUCGCUGGUUAUCAUCAUGGAGGGGUCCAGCACCCGCCUGAAGCUGAACACCACCAACACCUAUAUGACGUUCAACAACCUCACAGCAGGAACCACGUACUGCAUCAAGGGCACAGCCUGGGACUCUGAGGGCCGGACCGGGGACGACCUCACUGUCUGCCAGAUCACACGUCCUUCCAGCCCAGAUGUGACCUCUGUCGAGGUGACUCUGGGCCGGUCUCUUGGGAUCACCGUCUACUGGAUAUACGUGCAGGGGGCCACAAACUACUUGGCCUGGACCUCUAAUGGACAAAAUUGUUCCACAGAAAGCACUUACUGCUUCAUCAACCCUCAGGAGUGCGGUCAGAACCACACCGUCACUGUUAUAGCCUACAACAAUGCUGGACCCAGCAGCCCCUCACAACCAACCAACUACAUCACUUACCCCUGUCCCCCUGAGAACAUCUGGGUGGAGGAGCCCUCAGCUGGGAACUGCUCAGUGGUGUGGGAGGAAGUGCCACUGGUGGAGUAUUACAUAACCUUCAUCAAGAGAGACGACGGGACGGAGAAGACGUGCAACACCACCACAACCAGAUGCCCGUUCUUCUGCAUGUGCGGCUACACGUACCUCACCAGCGUGUUUCCCUACAACAUGGCCGGCACCAGCCUCUUCGCAAACGUCCGCAACUACACGACCACUCCCUGUUGUCCACGGGACGUCGCUGUGACGCUGGUUUCUACAGAGACCCUCGAGGUCAUGUGGUCACCGGUCAAAGGGGCCGAGGUGUACGAGACCACGGCAGUGGAGACCGGCGGCAUGCUCCACUGCAACGACACAUCGCCGGUGUGCGCGCUGUCCGAUCUGACCUGCAACACGGCCUAUUCUGUGACGGUGACCCCCUGCAGCGAGUUGCGAGGAUGUAACCUCACCUGUGCACCUUACACGAAAGAGACAGCUCCCUGUGCUCCAGAGAUCCUGAACAUAACUCAGACCAGCAGCUCAGCAUACAAAGUCUUCAUAACCACCCCAAACUCAGCCAACACAAACUACACCAUCACUGCCACCAGACCUAACAACGUGCUCACAUGUCAGACAAAAAACAACUUCUGUGAGCUCAUACAGGUGCCCUGUGGUGCUACCUACGAGGUCACGGCAGUGGCCACCACAACAGCAGGCAGAAGUCUCCCUGGAUUCAGUAAAACGUUGGAAACAGGUCCGUGCUGCCCCUCAUACGUGAACGUGACUCAGGUCACCCAGGCGAUGACCAAUGUGACCUGGUCGGCCAGCAGCGGUGCUCGCUCCUUCGUAACCACACUCAUGUCCCCACGAGGAGAAGCCAAAUGCCACACGCUGGACACCAACUGCCUGAUGGGAUGCAUCACCUGCAGCACCAACUACAGCGUGAACCUGGAAGCCAUCAGUGCCACGGGACAAAAAUCUCAGUGCACAUACAGUGGAUUCUCAUCCAGUGCCUGCUGUCCAACAGGAGUCAAGCUCUAUCGCAGGACAAACAACUCACUCAGGGUGUACUGGCGUCCUCUGGGCCCUCAGGCCUAUAAACACAUUGUGGAGUUGUAUGGGACCGGGGCCAACUACACCUGCGUCGCCACCGCAGGGAGCACGUACUGCGACAUCCAGGAGGGAACCUGCGGGGACGUGUACACGGUCGUCGUGGCGCCUGUGGGACCAAAUGGGAUCAAAGUCACCUUCUGCCUUCCCAGGACAUACUCUGUUCCCUGUCCAGGAAGUAAUGCUGGCAUGAUAAUCUCUCGCAGAAGAUGAAUGAACACCAUCUGA